AUGGAGGUGUUAAAGAAACAUUCUUCAUUCUGUGCACUUUUAUUCUUAACCUCUCUUGUCCUUCACCACUUUAAUGCCGUGCAUUCUAUUGGUGUCAAUUAUGGCACCCUUGGAGACAACCUCCCACCUCCUGCUCAAGUUGCACAAUUCAUCAAGGACAAAACCAUCAUCGAUCGAGUCAAGAUUUUCGACGUAAAUCCAGACAUCAUCCGAGCCUUUGCCAACACUGGAAUCUUCGUCUCGGUUACCGUGCCUAAUGGUGAAAUACCGAACCUUACCAACGUCCGGUAUGCUCGAAGAUGGGUGGAUGCCAACAUCAAGCCAUUCUACCCACAGACUAAGAUCAAUUACAUCCUUCUAGGCAAUGAAAUCCUACAUUGGGGUCCUCAAAAUUUACGAGACGACCUUGUUGCUGCAAUGCGGACACUUCACAAGGCUCUCGUGCGUUCUGGAUUAGGCGGCAUUCGUGUUACAACAGCACAUUCAUUGGCCAUUCUCGAGUCAUCCCAGCCUCCUAGUUUGGCCAAAUUCAGGCCUGGUUGGGACAAGGGUGUUUUGGCCCCAAUGCUGCAAUUUUUGAGGGAAACAAAAUCUCCUUUUAUGGUUAAUACAUACCCAUAUUUUGGAUACAGCCCAGAACUUGCAAACUUUGCGCUCUUUAGGCCAAACAAAGGCGUAUACGACAGGUUCACGAGAAGGACUUACACCAACAUGUUCGACAUGUUUCUGGAUGCCGUGUUCAUAUCCAUGAAGAAAUUGGGAUAUGGAGAUGUGGAAAUCGUCGUGGGGGAGACAGGUUGGUCGUCUCAAGGUGAGGUAUUUGAACCAAAAUGUACAGUCCCAAAUGCAGCUUCCUACAAUAGAGGCUUGGUGCAAAAAUACAACUCGGGACAGGGGACACCAUUGCUGCCUAGAAAGAAAUUCGAGACAUACAUUUUUGCACUCUUCAAUGAGAAUCAAAAAACGGGCUCUAUGGCUGAAAGAAAUUUUGGGCUAUUCCGGCCAGAUUUUAGUGCCGUGUAUGACAUUGGCAUCAUGCGCAGAGGAGCAGCCACUGCAAAGCCUCUUCCAAGACCAGCAUUGCCAGCACCGGCCGCUCCAAAACCAAAACCAGCACAGGGCGGGAAAAAAUGGUGCGUGCCGAAAGCAUCAGCCACCGAUGCAGCAUUACAAGCCAAUAUCAACUAUGUUUGCAGCCAAGGUUUCGAUUGCAAGCCAAUUCAACCCGGUGGUGCCUGCUUCAAUCCCAACACAGUCAGGGCUCAUGCAUCUUAUAUCAUGAAUGUUUACUAUCAAAAAGAAGGACGUAAUAAUUUCAACUGUGAUUUCCGCAACACUGGUGCGAUCACAGCUUCUGAUCCAAAUAAUGGUUUUGGGGUGGUCGGGGCUAGACCGGAGCUGGUGGCGGCGGCCAAGGAGGAAUGUGCUGGUGGGGUGGCACGGGGGACAUGA